GGAGCUAUCGAGAAGCUAUUGAGAGACGUGGUGGGGGACGACGUGGCCAUCUCGAAGGAGACGAUCGAUUGGGUCAACGAGUGCGCUGGCGAGUUCCUGCAGGUGGUUGGACAAGAGGCCAAUAGAGUGGCGGAGGGUGCUGCGAAGAAGGAAAACUAUCGCAUCUCACAGGAGCACGUGACGGCCGCGCUGGAGGUA